AUCGUUGGUUGUGAUUAAACUUGAAAUGCCUCGUAAUGGCUCUGCUCUCUCUCACCACCGCAAAUUCUUCGAAGCUUCUUCCUUUAUGCACUCUCUCUCCUUUCCCUACUUCCUCUUUGUCUCUACACCGUCAAUUUCAUCCACUCUCUUCUAACUCCACGGUGCUCCGUCGUCAUAGUUGCCGCGCCGCCUCCCCCGGUCCUCCACCUCCACCUCCCGGAAACGAUUCAAGGCACUAUAGAGGAGCAGAUCUUGCUGCAUCUUUAUCCAAAAUUCAAGAUAGAAUACAGAUCUUCUUUGCUGUUCUUUUCUGGAUGUCUCUAUUCUUUUGGGCUUCUGCCUCGGACGGGAGGAAUAGACCAAACAAGGGAUCAAAAUUUAGAAGAUAAAAUGUAAGCAUUUAUUUGUAUAUAUCAAAUUAUAACAUAGGGGGACAGAAUUAU